GAAACUCUGAUGGGUCGGCUGAAAAAGUGCGGCCGCCGAUUUCAAAGGGGGAGCAAAGGCCACUUCCAGCGGCGUGAACCUUCUCCAAGCCCGCCACCACCACCCGAAAACAACACCAGUCCUGUGGCGCCACCACCCGAAAUCGAUGACGACGAAGACAACAACGAGGACAACGAGGAUUCGCGCGACGAGGACUGGCGCGACGAGAGCGCUGCUGCCGCCUCAUGUAGCGGUCAGACCAUCCUGUCUUUAGGGUCCGCUGCUUCAUGUGUCGUGGCUGCAGCAGCGCGAACGGUGGAGAGUGGA